UCGUGAAUUAUACUGUAACUAGGAAGUGUUUUUGUUUUUUUGUUUUUAUAGCACUGUUCAAUAUAAUUAUUAUUCUGUAUUCUUGAUUUACACCACGGUCGACGUUUGGACCUUUAUGUAGAAUAUGUAAUUGAGCCAACAAGUGUAGGAGUGGACAGUGGCCAGAACACUCCUGUUUCCCCCAGACCCCCGUCCCGACAGCGGAGUCUAACGAAGUCGCGGUCUGUUGAUAGCACGCCUGUUACAUGAUGGCCGCUUCGGGGUCUCUGCAACCUGUUGAUGAUGUGGUGAUCGCCUACGCCCCAGCAGAUAUUCAUUUUGUAAGACGUCUAGCAGACACCAUCAGAUCAUCGAAACUUUCUGUCUGGUAUUCAAGUCCGUCCACUGAUCCUGCAGUUGUUGGGCAGCAGAAGAGUCAGGCUAUCCUUGGAUGCAAGAUAUUUGUUGCGGUUUUGAGUGACAGUUCAGCUGAAGACAAACAACUCAACGAUGAACUGGCUCUGGCCUACAUCUCAAAUUCGGGCAUCUUUCCCAUUGGUCUGAGUUCAUUCCGUGACUUGAGCAAAAAACUGGGUGGAGGAACACAACUGAUGUUGGCAAAAAUCAACUGGACGUUUGUGUUUAAAGAAGGCCACUUUGAAGAAAACAUGCCUGCACUUAUUAAUUGUAUAAAACAAGAAAUGGAGAGGCGGGAAGCUUCAGACCAGGAGUUUAUUCCUGGAGCAUUCCACACUCAUGGCAUGAACUUCCAGAUGAACUUCACUCACUGUCUGAAUCUCGAGUCCGAUGACUGCUGUGCAGACGAAUCGGUAAAUGAGUUGACCAAAGAUCUGAGUGCGAAAGGUCUCAGCUACGACUUCUGGGAUCGACACUUCAAAGGCAAAUCCGAGGUCUCAUUCACCGAUUUCAGGGAUGCAUUCCUGAAGGAUUACGGCAAGAAGCUUGUGAAAGCGUAUUCCGAGGACAAGAAGAAACUGUUUGUGAACCUGAUGUACAAAGACAUCUUCAACUUGAACAAGGUAGUGACGCGCGCUGGCUACGACAAGGUGAUAUCUAACAACCGCCUGGCAGACCCUCACUGUUUCUACCACCACCUGGAGGAGUACGCGAUUGCGUACCUCUCACUGCGAGAAGUCAUCGACAUGGACAGUACGCUGCGGAUCACGACCAUUCAGAGUCUCGGAAAGUUCACGUUUCCAGCUAUUGUUUCUGGAUUGACGGAGAUGUUGAAAGACGAUGACCCAAAUAUCCGAGCAGUAGCAGCUAUUGCUCUCUCCAAAGCAGGUAAAGACAGGCGGGACACGGUAGACAAACUGGUAAGUUUACUGGAAGACGAGGAUCGCCUGGUUCGAGAGAGCGCCCUCCUGUCACUGGGAUCUCUGAAAGCAACCCGUGCUGUCAGUCACGUCGUCGACAGAUGGAGAAACGAUCCCAUCAAAAACGUCAGAGAGGCUGCAGAACUUGCCCUGAAUCGAAUGAACACUGAAGAUGCCAAGCGGUGCAUUCAUAUCACAGAGGUUCUUUCUAGUGAAAUGUCUGCUCUCAGACCAAAGUAGCCAUGACUACAUUUUGUGCUGGUUACACGACUAUACUGUUUGAAGAUUGACAAGUAUUGUACUUGUUAUGGUACUGACUGUUGGGUAUUAUAUUUUGUGUUGGUUACACGACUAUACUGUUUGAAGAUUGACAAAUAUUGUACUUGUUAUGGUACUGACUGUUGGGUAUUAUAUUUUGUGUUGGUCGACAUUGGUAUUGACUAUUUGGUCAUUGAUAGAUUUAAAAAAAAAAAAAUUGCUGGUUACAGUGCAAUGAUUUGAUGAAACAUCAGGUAAAUAUUAUGUGAAUGGUUUUUAACAAUUGUUUUGAUUUCAGGGCACAAUCCAAGAUGACCUCCAAUGGCUUAGAUAUCAUCUUGAACACUAUAGUUUGUUGUUUAUUUUUAUGCUUCUGAUUGUGCACAUUUCUGAAGUUUUUUAGGUGUUUUUUUACUACAGGCCACAUUUUCAGUAUUCAAACUUGGUUUUUGUGAAGUGCUAGUGUGGCCAGCCCCAGCACCCUCAUCCAUCAAUUCAAUCUCUGGCAGGUGCAAAACACCAUACACCUUGUUUUAACAAACUGCGCUUUUAAGCUUUAUUGAAUAGUCGUUGGAUGGUUAAAAGAUAAUAAAGAUAGAACAGAUUCAGAAUUUAAAUAUGGUAUAAUAAGCAUAUGAAUUAGAUAGCAAUUGCUAUAUUUAAACAAUAAUAAAAAUUAAAAUUCAAGGAAUUUUGUGUAUGAUUACUUUACAGAUUAUCUGUAAGAUAAAGUAAUUUACCUGUAUUUUGUUUGGAAAUAAAUUAUAUUAAAUCUAAACAAUUAUAUAUUUAGGGAUAUAAAUCAAAAUCAUAUGAGACAAUCAAGUUUAUGGGUGCAAUACCUCCGUAUCUUUCCCUCUAACCUCAAAUAUUUUGAGAUUUGCACUUUUACUGAUCAUGACAGUUUGAAGAGUAAUUUUGUUGUUUUUCUGAAGAAGAAAAAAUUGACUAUUUUUAAUAAAUUGUAUAUUGUGUCGCUUUUGUCUACCUCCUUAUAAAGCUAAUUCUUGUCUUCUACUAGGAGAUGGAACUGCUGUUAGCUAGAUUAAAAUUUAUUUAGCAAUUUAUUUGUAACAAUAUACAUGUACUCUGAGCUCUUUGAGAUUAAAAUGAAAGUUUCAAAUGUUAUCCUAAUGGUAGGCCUACAUGUAUUUGUGUAAAAUUGAUGUUAGCUGUAUGUAUUUCAAAAUUUAGCCUAUCAAAAAGCAUGUCUUAUGUUUUUUUGUAACAAAAUGCUUUAAGUUCUUUAAAGUUAAUGAAAGUUUUAAUCAUUAUGGUAAUGAUACAUAUGAAAAUGCUGUUUGCUAGAUAAAAAUGCACAUGUAGGCUAUCAAAAGGCAUGUGUUAAUUUGUUUGUAGCAAAAUACUUUGAGUUCUUUAAAAUUAAUUAAAGUUAUAAGCAUUAUCAUAAUGGUAUAUAUAAAAGGGAUGCCGUAAAUAAAUGAAUGGUACCUGUAAAACUUGUAAUGAUUUGAUGAAACAUCAGGUAAAUAUGUGCUAAAUUAAAAUAUGGGGGUGAUAUACAGUCCUCAAAAUACACUACUUCAGCAAGUUCUGUUAAACAGGUUUUUUUAGUUUCUUAGUGGACAUUAAAUAGUUCAUAUGGCACUUCUUGGGUAAUAUUUUUGUAAUAGCAGAUCUGAUGUGCUUAUUGGCUCAUUGUUAACAGAUGUGCUUAUUGGCUCAUUGUUAACAGAUGUGCUUAUUGGCUCAUUGUUAACAGAUUUGCUUAAAAAGAUUGAAAUUGUGUCGUCUUUUAAUGAACAAGUUUAUUCUUAUACAGCUAAUACCUAAUAUAUUCAGUUUGGUGCAAAUGCUAUUUUUCUAAUUAUUUAUAAGUGUUGGUGUUUAUUAACUGAUGAAUAUAGAAUAUACACUUUAUAAGUGGUUAUAAUGUGCAGUACACUAAAAUUAUAUAGUCCAUAUAAUAAAUUUGUUUUCCUGUAAUGUUUGUUUUAUUACGGUUAAUAGUACAAAGGUCUAUUUUCUGUUACUUUUUUCUUCUUAGCUUUAAAGGUGAUUUUCUGCAUUACACAUUUUGAUUUCAUAUAAAUAUUUUUUUUUUUUUUAAUUUUAAAGGUUUAGCAUUUCCCCUCUGUUUUGCUUUUGUGCAUAGAUGGCCCCC